UGUAAAAGACUACAAAGAGACCAAGAAUUAUUUUCUCAACAGAAACAAUUGCAGCAUGAUGUUCACCGUUUUGACAAAUUUGAUUUUUGUGAAGAAAAUAGUUGGGAGCCAUCCGUUCACUUUUCACCACCGCCAGAGCCUAGAAUUCGUAUUGAAAAUUAUGCUGCUUAUAAUGUGACUGAUUCUCAACUGAUACCUGUUAGUCAUUCGGCAAAAGUCUCUCCUUUGAAUCUAGCAAGCCGUAAUUAUGAAAACAAUCCUCUCAGUUCACUUCACAAGCAGCGCUGUGAUGAAGAAGCCAAGAAGGAACCCAAGAUGUCUACACCUAAAUAUUUCUCUUAA